CCCUCAUGCACCCUUCCCGGGACGGUUUUAUCGGUCGUUUCGUGCUGGAGAGACUGUAUACGCCGCUUGUCGACGACUUGACUUCCGAAUGUCCCUGCGGCGCUCAGGACGAUCUCUUGACUUUGAGCUUGAAUGGCGUGCAUCCGAACGCGCGGACCGAUAGUCCAGGGCAAUCUUCAGACUGCUCACAGCGAACAAGCGGGCGCAGGUACCGACGAGCGAACACAAACGCGCCACCUUGAGUACAGGUACUUCCAAUCAGACUCCAUACUGCGCAAUGCUCGUCCCAAUCGAUGGACUUGUAAGGAUAUGCAACAUACUGCAGGAUCUCUCUCCCUCUCUGCGGACUCUCACCUUAUCGCGAGGCGACAAUGAAAACGAUGCAUUCUUCCGAAAUUGGCAUCAGCACCGAGAGCUUCUUUCUCGUCAUGCGGCCCCUGUGCCGAACGUCUAUUCUCGCAUAUCACGAAGAUCCCAGGCCCUCCAGGACUCUCUGCGCGCUUGUGCCCGCCACUCUUGCUCUCCUGCGUCUCCAUUCACGCCCUCGCAACUACUCUCGCCAGUCAGCCCGACCACUGCACCCCAGCACCCCGAACCCUCCAGACUGCUCCAACCUACCACAAACAGUCUCAUCUCUCGUAUAACCGCCUCAUUCAGUGCGUCGCAUGGCCGGCGAGGCCAGCCGAUAAGCGGCGUGCCUCGACGCGCACGCGUCUAUCCCUGGGCGCCUCUGUGUGCUGCCUGUUUACUCCUGCGGGUUCCUUGUCACUGAGUACUGUGACUGUCCCCGGGGGCUUGUGCAGGAUCGCCCAGCUGACGCGCCCGCGCGAAGGACGCAUGGGGCGCUUCUAUCGCGCUCGAAGCCCGGGGCCGGGGGAGGGCGACAGGGCCUGGUAUAUAAGGUUG